UUAUUACAUUUUCUUAAAUUUUAGAUAUAAAAUGACUUCUAUAAUAAAAUUGGAGGCUCUUUCCGGUGUUCAAGACGAUGGUCCUUUAUGCUAUCUUCUUCAGGUGGAUCAAGUUUAUAUUUUGUUGGAUUGCGGCUGGGAUGAACAUUUUGAUUUAGCCUACAUUGAGUCAAUAAAAAUGCGUAUACCUCAAAUAAAUGCUCUACUGAUCAGUUACGGUGAUGUGCCACAUAUUGGAGCAUUUCCUUAUUUGGUCAAAUGUGGUCUCAAUUGCCCCAUUUAUGCUACUGUCCCAGUCUAUAAAAUGGGUCAACUCUUUCUCUAUGACUGGUUAAAUGGUCAUUCCAAUGUCAAACCUUUCAAUUUAUUUUCUUUCGAUGAUAUUGACCAUGCUUUUGAAAAAGUUCAACAAGUCAAAUACAGCCAAACUAUUUUAUUAAAAGGCGAUAAUGGUUUACAAAUUACACCUUUCCCAGCUGGCCAUCAUAUUGGAGGAGCUAUUUGGAGAAUAACUAAAAUGGGUGAAGAAGAGAUUGUUUAUGCUGUUGAUUUCAAUCAUAAAAAGGAGCGACAUUUGAAUGGAUGCACUUUUGAUGGUAUUGGAAGGCCUAAUUUGUUAAUUACGGAUGCCUUUAAUGCUUUAUACAAUCAACCUAAGCAGAAGCAACGCGAUGAAAAUUUGGUUUCAAAAUUGCUUUCUACUGUUCGGGAUGGGGGAGACGUUAUGAUAGUUAUAGACACAGCUGGACGUGUUUUAGAAAUUGCACAUUUACUUGAUCAACUAUGGCAAAACAAAGAAGCAGGCUUGAUGACAUAUAAUUUGGUUAUGUUAAGUGCUGUAGCGUCUUCAGUUAUUGAAUCAGCAAAAUCACAAGUAGAAUGGAUGUCUGAUAAAAUUUUGAGAAUGUUUGAAAUGGGAAGGCAAAAUCCUUUUCAAUUGAAGCAUGUUCGUUUUUGUCAUACACUAAUGGAUUUAAAUCGUGUUAGAUCUCCAAAGGUUGUUUUAGUCAGUGGAUUGGAUAUGGAAAGCGGGUUUUCCCGAGAACUUUUUCUUGAAUGGAGCACUGAUACAAAAAAUAUGGUUAUUGUUACAGGAAGAGCUGGCGAUAGAACUUUGUGUUCAAAAUUAAUAAGAAUAGCUGAAUCUCGUGAAAAGAAGCGUGCAACAAAUAAUACAGUUACUUUAGAAGUGAAAAGACGUGUGCGUUUGGAAGGUGCUGAAUUGGAGCAAUACAUGGCUAAAAAGAGGGAAAGGGAGCAAGAGGAUGCCAAACAGAGGUUAGAAACUCUUCGGCGAAAUGCACGUUUAGAAAACGUCGAAUCUUCAGAAGAAUCGGAGGAUGAGGAGACUUUAGCAGCGUCUGUAUUAGCUCUUACUCAAGGUGGAAAAAAGCCUGCUCCAAACAAUGCUAAUCUCAAACAGAUAGAAGAGCAACGUCGAAAUUCGAUAGUAGCGCAAAAACAACCAAAAGGAAUUUCUGGAACAAAUAGUUUAGUGAAUACAUCCAACAAUUAUGAUAUUAUGUGGAGGUUUGAAAUGAAUCAGCGUGUUUCUUUUUUCAAACAGUGGGAUGAUUAUGGCGAAGUUAUUCGUCCUGAAGAAUACAUGACUGCUGAAACUACAACUACCACAAAUACUUCUACUAGCCCUACAAUAAAUCCAAAAAUUGAAAAAGAAGAUGAUGAUAUUGCUGAUGCAAAAAUGGAACGUCAAAGAAUACAACAAAUAAUUGAAGAAUGGCCUAAAAAAUGUGUUUCUUUUAUUACUAAAAUUGAGAUUUUGUGCAAAGUUGAAUUUAUUGAUUUUGAAGGACGUUCUGAUGGAGAAUCAAUAAAAAAGAUUUUGAGUCAAAUAAAGCCUAAACAAUUGGUUAUUGUUCAUGGAUCUGCUCCAGCUACUCGCCAUUUAGCCGAAUAUUGUCGUCAAAAUAAUGUGGUACAAGGCAAAAUAUUUACCCCAAUGAUGGGUGAUGUGGUUGAUGCUACUAUUGAAUCUCACAUCUUUCAAGUAACUUUAAGUGAUCAGUUGAUGUCUUCGCUGCUUUUUCAAACGGUUAAAGAUGCAGAAUUAAGUUGGUUAGAUGCUAGGAUAAUACGAAAAUCUGCUUUGGUCCCUGCUGCAUUAGAAAAAUUGGAUGAAGAUGUAGAAGCAAUAAAUGUUAUAGAGGAAGAGGAAAAAGAAGUUGAAAAUGUAAAUGAGGAAGAAAGAAUGGAAGUUGAAAUUAGAAAAGAAGGAGAAAACGAAGAACCUAUGGAACAAGACAAUGAAAAAAUUGAUGAAGAGAAUUCGGAAAAAAGGGAAGAGAAAAUUGGUCAACAUGGAGAGGGUGUUGAACAACAAGAUGGUGUUGAAGCCUAUAAAUCUUCUCCAAUAAAAAAAUGCUUUCAUCAAAAUUUGGUUCAUUCACUUUUGAUUUGA